GUAUUCAGCUUCAUUCCUCUUCCAAAAAUUCCCUGUCUACCAAAAUAGAAAUAAAAAUUAUCUUUUUUAACUUUCAUUUUAUACUCUCUCUCUCUCUCUCUCUUCACGUCUCUGACCACCGUAUAUUCACUCAUUUCUUUGCCCAUCUUCUUUCUCUCUCUCUCUCUCUGGUGGAAAUGUAGAAUUGAAGAUCACAGAAACGGUCUUAUAUAUGUGCUUGAGAAUUAGGGUUUGUGAUUCUGUGGUGCUUGAAUUUGGGAACAACUGCUACUAGGAGCUCGGAGAAAGAGAAAAAUGCCGUUGACGAGGUAUCAGGUACGGAGCGAGUUCAGUUUGGCGGAUCCAGAGCUGUACAGAGCAGCUGAUAGAGAUGAUCCAGAAGCUUUGUUGGAAGGUGUUGCCAUGGCUGGACUCGUCGGUGUCUUGCGCCAGCUUGGUGACCUCGCCGAGUUCGCUGCUGAGAUAUUUCAUGACUUGCAUGAAGAAGUAAUGGCUACAGCUGCAAGAGGACAUGGUCUUAUGGCUCGUGUUCAACAGCUUGAGGCAGAAGUUCCUUCAAUUGAGAAGGAAUUUCUAUCCCAAACAAGUCAUUCAUUAUUCUUUUCCAAUGCAGGUGUUGAUUGGCAUCCUAAUCUGCGUAUGGAACAGAAUCUGAUAACUCGUGGGGACUUACCUCGCUUUGUAAUGGACUCUUAUGAAGAAUGCCGGGGCCCUCCACGGCUAUUUUUGCUGGACAAGUUUGAUGUUGCGGGGGCUGGAGCGUGUUUAAAGCGUUAUACUGAUCCAUCUUUCUUUAAAGUGGAAGCAGCAUCCUCUGGAAAAGCAACAGAAGUUCAGAGGGAAAAGAAAAACCGCAAAGUGAAGAAAAAAGGAUCACGCUGGAGAAAUGGAGAAGCACCUGACGUCCAAUCCACAUCACAUGCCAAAUUGCAUCAGUUGUUUCUGGAGGAACGCAUUGAGAAUACUUUUAGUGACCCUGCGCGUCUUGUGAAGUUGAAGAAAAGGCAAUUGAAUGGAUAUCCAUUUGACUCAAAAUCUGGGAGAAGUUACAUGGAGAAAUUCGUGGAGACUGAUACUGCUGAGCAUGAGGUGGUUCAUGAAAAAUCUAUCACUUCACCUGUGAAAUUGACUAUGGAUAAUUAUAGUGAAUCAGGGCUUGAAAUACUUGAAAUCAGUACUGUGAGUCCUGUAAAGAAAUCAUCGCAAGGAAAGGAAAGUGCAUGUUCCUCACCUAAUGCACAGGAGGAAGUUUCAGAACCAUACAUGGAGAAGUUUAACAGUGAUGUCAUUGGUGGAAAAUUUGUACAAGUGUCUGAGCCAGGCAAUGAUGGUGAUAUCAAUGACAUUUCUUCUUCCAGUCUCGAUAAGGUAGCAGUUGAAAAGGAAUUGGCAGUUGAUGGAGACCUCAGAACUGAAGGCAGUGUAGAUGGGUACAAUUCUGAUGAUUUGGCCAGUGAGAUAGACAAGUACAUGGAUGCCCUUAACACCAUAGAGUCAGAAAUUGAAACAGAAAACGAGUAUAGACCUGAGAAUGACCAGGGCUUCUUCAGUGUUAAGAAAGAUGGGAGAGAUUCUGAUGAAAAUGAAGAAAAUCUGGCGCUCCAAGCUCAAUUUUCGGAUUCUCAAUCAUUUGGAAACUCCUCUGUGUCAGAUUAUGGGAAUGGUUCGUUCAAGAAUAAUAGAUCCAGUUUUUCCGACUCUGAUACACUAAGCAGUUUGGCUGAGCAUACAGCAUCUGGUGGUGAUGGAGUGGCUAAGGUGUUUCCGUCUUCCGAAACUUGUGCAGCAGAGAGUGUGGAUAUCCCAUCCAGCCAGCUAAUGGAUGAGUUGGAGGGAACCAAAUCUCAUGAUUUUUCAGUGCCAAAUGGUACACGCAUUGAGGAAGACAAGAUCCCUGAUGUUGGAGAAGCAUCAUGUAGCUCAUGUCUUACAGAUUCCAUACCUGUACUACUGCCUUCAGAUCAUGGAGUACACUUGUCACUGGAUACAUUGGUGGGUCCUGAAGUAGAGGAAGUAACCUCUGACUCUAUUAAGAUUGGUUCCAAAUUAUCAGACAAUGAAAAUGGGACAAAUCUAGUUGAUUCUAGUGCUGUUGUCUCUGGUGUUCCGUCUCAGGAUAUUCAUGAUAUUUGCUUGGUAAGUUCUGUUGAAAGCCAUCUGGACGUUGAAGAACCAAAUGUUGUUUCUGAUGCUUUGCUGCAUUCGUCGGAUGUUUCAAAGCCAACUUUGGAAAUUGAAAGGAGCAACUUUUCUCUUAAUGAAGCACUUCAAGCAGAAUCUGUUGAUGAAGAAUAUUCUGAAAAUCUUGCCGAUGAAAAGAUUGCUUCACCUCAUUCAAGUUCGCCUAAAGAAAAUCAGCUCCAUUGCUCAGCCUCACCACAAGAAGUGUGUUCAGAUUUGAUACCUCCUACUUGUUCUUCAGAUCUUAUAGAGCUUGAUGAUAUAGUUUCCAAAGCCGAUGAUGCUCUUAUGGUGAGUGGAAUUAACUCAGCUCCUAUGGUUGAAACUCAAAAGACGCACAACUUUGAGGAGCAGGAAUUUUUAGAUUUAAUGGAUGAUGUUCCAGAACUUAAACUUGCUUCUGCAGAAUUUGUUGUUCCAUAUUCUGACAAGAAAUCAGAUAUUGAUGGGUCUAGGGAAGAUGGUGAGGAAAUAGGUACACCCACAUGCAGUGUCGAGGUUGUGGAAGAUGAUGUUGUUCCUCUUGAACUUCCAUCUGAUGAUCCAAAUUAUCUGUGCCACAAGGAUGAUGUAAACUUAGAUGCUGUAGUAAAUAAACCAGUUAUAACUGAUGAACCUGUGUCAGCUGCUGCUGUCACCGGUGCAGAUGGUGAUCUCGACGAUGUAAUUAAACCAGUUACAACUGAUGAAUCUGUGUCAGCUGCUGCCAUCACCAGUGCAGAUGGUGAUCUCGAUGAUGUAAUUAAACCAGUUAUAACUGAUGAAUCUGUGUCAGCUGCUGCUGUCACAAGUGCAGAUGGUGAUCUUGAUGAUGUAACUAAACUAGUUAUAACUGAUGAAUCUGUGUCAGCUGCUGCUGUCACCGGUGCAGAUGGUGAUCUUGAUGAUGUAAUUAUACCAGUUAUAACUGAUGAAUCUGUGUCAGCUGCUGCUGUCACAGGUGCAGAUGGUGAUCUUGAUGAUGUAACUAAACUAGUUAUAACUGAUGAAUCUGUGUCAGCUGCUGCUGUCACCGGUGCAGAUGGUGAUCUCGAUGAUGUAAUUAUACCAGUUAUAACUGAUGAAUCUGUGUCAGCUGCUGCUGUCACAAUUGCAGAUGGUGAUCUCGAUGAUGUAACUAAACUAGUUAUAACUGAUGAAUCUGUGUCAGCUGCUGCUGUCUCCAGUGCAGAUGGUGUUCUCGAUGAUGUUAUUCCUACAUCUCCAGAUCUAACUUGUUCUCCAUCUGGGAAUCAUAUAAAUUUGGAAGAAUCUCUUUCUGGAUUUUCUGAUUCCAAUCAGAAAGGGUUGGAAUUUAAUGAGGCAGCUUCUCCAGAAUGUCUUACAGAAACCAUGACACAAAAAGAAGUGAAUCAACUGGAAGUUGCUCCUGGAGAUACCACAUUGAAAUUGCUGUCUUCUGACCAUUGCAAUUUAAGAAUGUUUGAUGAUAUUCAUGAGUCAUCUCUGGGCAAAGAAACCCAAAACAGUUUGUCUGACAAUGAUGUCACCAGAGCCCCAACGUAUUUAGUACUAAGCAAUGAACAGUCAGAAUCAAAAUCCCCCCCUCAGAGUUAUCUUUUCGAGAAUAAUGAAGGUGAGGUGUCUUCACUUACCUGCUACCCCCCUGAGCCAGGAGUUCCUUUAGAGAAGCCAUUGCAGUUCAAAGCUGAUCAAGCUGAAGUGGAAAGUUUGCAAGAAGAUGAAGCAACUUCUAACUCUUUAAAACUUCAAUCUGAACAAUUGCCAUCUCCAAGUCACAUAGAUCAGGAGAGAUGUGAACAGACCCAGUCUUCAAAUCACUUACAGGAAAGAUGCUUUGACACUCCUUCUGAAUCUUGUGCAGAACACCUUCCAUGCCAACUUUCAGCAUCGGAAUUCUUACCACAGUCAGCCAGCCUGGAACCUGAUGGUACUAAGCAAGCAAUGGAUUCAUUACAGUAUGCCCUUCCUAGCUUUGGCCUGCUCCCUGUGGCAGCUCAAGUUAAUCUGGAGGAGAUGCCACCAUUGCCACCUCUUCCUCCUAUGCAAUGGAGGAUGGGGAAGGCUCAAAAUGCUUCCCUUGCUUCUGACAGAGAUUUGGUUGAGGCAAGUCAGCAUGUGUUUCCACCGUUACAGCCAUUCAAUUACGAGAAAGCUCAAUUUGGAUUUCCAGCAUCCAAGACAGGGAAUUUGCAGCUUCCUAACCCGUUUUUGCCCAUCACAGCUGUUGAAGAUGAGAAUUCUCAACAGGUUUCUGAACAAGUGGAGGGUAAUUUGGCACAACCAAUUCCAUUCUCUUUUCAAUUGCCAACCAUGGAUAGUGAGGCUGAUAGUCAACACAAUUGCCUAUCUUUAGAGGGAACGCAAACCCUGAAUCCAUUCUUAACAUCACCAGCAAUACCUAAUGAAAGGCCUGAAUAUGGUUUCCUUGCUUUAGAAGGAGAAAAAGCUCUAUCUAGUUCAAACUCAUUCUCACCAAUACCUACCAUUGAAUACGCUACUCCUAAACAUGAAUCCGAAUCUUCACAAGAAAAACAGAUCAAGCCUCUCAACCAAUUAGAACCAGAGAUUGGGUCAGAGGAUAAAACACUUCAACCCUCUCUGCAAAAUUAUUCAGAAGGGGUCCGACAAAAUCCUUUUGAGACAUCUAUUCCGCCACCAACUAUAGGAGCAGAACAGCCUCAGCAGGCUUUGUUGACUUCAGAUGGAGAAAUUACUCAAGUACCAGGCACUGAAGAAGGAAAGCCAAACGGAAAUCCAGCAAUUAAGAUUCCUCGUCCUCGAAGUCCUCUCAUUGAUGCUGUUGCUGCUCAUGACAAAAGCAAGUUGAGAAAGGUAGCUGAACGGGUUCGGCCUCAAAUUGAACCGAAGGUAGAUGAAAGAGAUUCAUUGCUAGAACAGAUACGAACAAAGUCCUUCAACUUGAAGCCUGCAGUGCCAACAAGACCCAGCAUUCAUGGUCCUAAAACCAAUCUGAAGGUUGCUGCUAUCUUGGAGAAAGCAAAAACAAUUCGCCAGGCAUUUGCUGGAAGUGAUGAAGAUGAUUCAGAUGGUUGGAGUGACUGCUGAAAACACUAGGUUAUGGUACUGCAGCAUUUCACUGCUUUGGUUAUCACCUUGAAAGGGUUUUGAGAGAUUUUAUUCUCUCAAAUAUAGUUAAUAGAAUUUUUUUUUUUAUCGGGUCUAUUCUUUCUUUCUUCUCCACAUUCAUGUAUAAUAUUCCACUCAUCACCCUCCCAUUGAAGAUGUAUCCAUCGGUUUGUAGCUGUGCUAGACCCACAGAAAAUCAGUAUUGAGUCAUGAUUUAUUCAAGAAUGAAAGCUGAGGUUCAGCGUGCAAGUGCUGUACCGAUCAAUUUCUAUGCAAUGUUAUUUUAUGGUCUUGAAAAAGAUAGGUGUAAAUUGUGUUGGAGUGCAUAAUUUUGGUUUUAAGCCUACUGAUGCAAUUUUGUAAACUUGUAUGUAGUGCGUUUCUGAGGUGUAUAUUUCCGCCCAUUUUUCUUGUAGCUUUUGGCCAAUAUAUUCCUGGCCGUCUACCUGUGUUCAGUACAGCUCAAAAUUGUUGUGUGAGAUAAUCAAAGAGUACAAAUUUAAUGAU